GCACACAAUACAUUAUAAAGACUGUGAUUUGAUUUGUGAACGAGGGGAAGUUCUUCAGUAUUUAGCCAGAGAAUAAUUAAAGGAAAUAACAUCCCGACGGCCGGAGCGAUGGCGGCGUCAGAGCUGAUCCAAGACAGCAACGAUGUGCGCCCCCACGUGGAAGUUGACGUCACCACAACGAAUCCCCCGACACCUCCACGUCCUCAGAGGGCAGCGAACGCUCAAGCGAACGGUAACCCGACCCGCCAUGCUUCCUCGCCGCCACCGCCGUCGGGUUCCCGCGGCGGCAAAAAGCCGGUGCCGACGGAGCCGGAGGCGGGCGGCAGCAGACUGAGCGGCCUGUGGAAGCAGAACCAGCUGAUCCACUCUCUGAGCAACGGCCUGCGGCGCCACUGCGACUACGUGAAGAUCUCGGUGCCGCCGGAGGAGCGGGGCGCCGACAGCCUCCCCAGCGAGUGGUGGAAGACGGGCGUGGCCUUCCUCUACGCGCUCUUCAUCCUCGUCUUCACCACCGUCGUCAUCACCGUCGUCCACGAGAGGGUGCCGGACAAGUCGGUGAGCCCGCCGCUGCCAGACAAGUUCUUUGACUACCUGGACCGCGUCCCCUGGGCCUUCACCGUCACCGAGGUCAACGGGCUGGUCCUCGUCGGACUCUGGCUCGUCCAGUGGAUCUUCCUCAAACACAAAGCUAUAAUAGCUCGCCGCUGUUUCUUCCUGAUCGGGACGCUCUACAUGUAUCGCUGCGUCACCAUGUACAUCACCACGCUGCCGGUGCCCGGGAAACACAUGGUCUGCGCUCCGAAGCUGUACAACGACUCCACGGGGAAAAUCUGGAGGAUUUUGAGGCUGAUCUCCGGAGGAGGUUUGUCUCUGACCGGCUCUCACCUGAUGUGCGGGGACUUCCUGUACAGCGGUCACACGGUCAUGUUGACGCUGUCCUACCUCUUCAUCAAAGAGUACUCUGCGAGGUGGAUGUGGUGGUACCACUGGUUCUGCUGGCUCCUCAGUGCUUCAGGAGUUCUCUGCAUCUUGAUCGCUCACGAGCACUACAGCAUCGACGUGGUGGUCGGAUACUUCGCCACCACCCGGACCUUCUGGUGGUACCACACCAUGGCCAACACACAUGCGCUGCGUGAUGCUCCCAACAACUACCUAUCGAGGGCGUGGUGGAGCCCCGUCUUUAAGUUCCUGGAGAGGAACGUUCACACGACAGUUCCUGUCGAGUUCUCGUGGCCCGUGGCGCCGCCGUCCUCCUGCAGACAACGGUACCGGAUGGUGGAGGGCGGGAGGGAUGAGUGAGGACGGG